AUGCAUCGUUAUAUUUAUGCAUUAUGUUGUGCUAUUCUUAUAUUGUCCGUUACGGAUCCUUUAGAAGGUAAACGAACUUUUGGCGGUGGUAGUCACAGUUAUCCCAAAUCUGGUGGCCAUUCGGGCAGUGGAGGCAGCCAUUCAUAUCCUUCUUCCGGUGGAUUGUCUGGAGGUAGCCACGGAUAUCCAUCAUCGGGCAGCCAUUCAUAUCCGUCUUCCGGUGGUUUAUCCGGUGGUGGUUCAGGAUAUCCUUCAUCGGGAGGUAGCCACAAAUACCCCUCAUCGGGAGGCAGUCACUCGAAUCCCUCAUCGGGUGGCAGUCAUACAUAUCCUUCCUCCGGAGGAAGCCAUGGUUAUCCCGCAGGAAAAGGAUUGUCUGGGAAUUCACCUAGCAGUGGAGCAGGCCAUACAACAACCAAUAUACACAAUCAUUACCACUACAGCCCCCCACAACAAAUCAGGUACACUCCGGUCCACGGUGGGGCUCCCGUAAGCUAUCCCGUGUACCGUGGCUCACCACCCACCUACGUCUAUCAAUACAAAGACUCUGGAAGUAAAUAUGGUACAUUAUUGGCCGGACUAGCAUUGCUUAACCUCGGAACACUAGCCGGAGGCGCAUACGCUCUUAGCCAUUCGGGUCAUUCGAGUUCAAGUUACAAGCCUCAGCCAGGCGAGGUCUGUAAGUUUGGCAUUAAAAAGGAAAACGGCGAUUAUGAGGAAACGAAAAUCGACUGUCGGUUAAUAACAAGUUUCAUUUUCGAAGAAGAAGCGAAAGCUAAAAAUGGCGCCGUAAACACGACAGUGACGACGACCACGACUAAUGUAACGACAGUGAAUGCACCUGCGUCACAGGCACCGCAAGUGCACGUAAAAACGUUAUAUGAAAUGUUGCCCAAUGGAACAUUAGUCCCCUAUAAUGUGACUGACGUCACCGCAGGUAAUACAACGAGCGAUGGCUCAGUCAAUAACACGUCAUCUGUUAUGACAAUAACAACUACCAAUACGACAGUAACCAGCGCUUUAGAUGUAAAGGGGAAGCCCGUAGAAGUGACACCUGGGAUGCAAUGUUACGUCAUAAGACACAGCUCGACGUCAAACAUGAAGCGUUCUGUGCCCUGCCGUCUCUUGCAGUCCUAUGCAGACCAAUCUCUGAAGAAAAAUUCGGCCUCAAGGACCGUACCGGUUUUUACUAUAAUCACAGUCAUUUUAAGUAUCAUAUCAGUAUGCUGGGUGGCUGGCGGUUUGGUAGGCUUCCUGCCAUUACUGGGGUGGCAUGCAGCCGUGGGGCCAUCACCAGGCUGCUACUUCGUAGAAGUGAUGGACUACAAUUAUCUGCUGUUCCUGUACUUCGCGACGAUAGUGACACCUAGCGUUUUGUUGGCGGCUUUCUAUACCCAUAUAUAUAGAGUUGUGGUCAAACAGAUGAGCGCCGUGGUAACUGUGGAAGGCGGCCAAGGACGUGCCGGAACAAUGCUACGUGUGCUUGGUGCUGCACAAAAACGAGAAGUGAAGGCGACACAGAAUCUUGCCAUUAUAGUUUUCUUCUUCAUUGUCUGCUGGAUACCUCUAUACACUAUGAACGCUAUCAAAGCAUUCAUGCCUGAGCUUGAUAUACCAAAUCCUAUUACUUACUUUUGCAUUAUAUUCUCGCAUCUAAACUCUGCAAUCAACCCUCUCCUAUACGCGUAUCAUUUGAAGGAUUUCCGAGCAGCUUUAAAGGGUCUCCUUUGUACCAUUAUUGGUAGAGGAGUACCCAUACCAGCUGCAUAUCGACCCCCAAUACCGGUACGACGUCCAGCCUUGGAAAGGUGUAACGCCUUGAGAGAGAGACCGAGGGUGUAUGUGAACUCUCCAGUCUGGUUGCGUCAGAAGGAAGCCGAAAGAUUAGCGUUGGAAGAAAAGAAAAGGAUAGCAGGUAAUCCAGUAUCUACAAAUCCGGAUUUGGAGCCUUUCUUGAGUCGAACUCGUGGUCGAAGGGCGGAGGGAUUGGACAAUCACAUGGGACCUUUUUUGAUUGAAUCAAAUCAGGAGUGUCAAAGGCCCUGUCGGAAGGUAGAGGAUUUUAUUCGGAGAGUGCGAAGUGUUAGUUCGGACAGAAGUUGA